AUGUGGAAGUGCCUUAGAAACAACCAAAUAUCAGCACAAGAUCAAGAUCAUGACAAUGAAGGUAAGAAAGUCGAGAAGAUAAAGACAUCUUCUUCAUCCUCCAAGUUGGAAACGGCACGGCGAGAAGACAGCAUGAAGAAGAAGGUGAGGUUUAAAAUUCAAGAUGAUAGAGGUGGUGAAGGAAGUGCUAGUAAUUCUACAAGUGACCCUGUAAGGAUUAGAUUGGUGGUGACUAAGGAAGAGUUGAAAAGGAUGUUAAGUUAUAAGAAUGUAAAUGAUGCUCAGCUCACUUCAUUGGGCCAAUUACUAAGCGAUAUGAAGUUGAGAGAGAAAACAUUGUCUCAGAUUGAAGAAAAUGAUGGGAGCAUAAAUUCUUGGAGGCCAGCUUUAGAAAGCAUUCCAGAGGAUUGCUCAAUGAAGUAG